UUGUGAGACACUAAGAAAUGAAGUUGGUUCAAUCAUUGGCAUAACAAUUGUCACACCUGGGCUCAUUGGGACCAAAAUCUCACGUGAACAGAACAUAGCUUUGGGGUGACUUGUCCCAGAAGAGUCAGUCGAGGGUUAUGCUAAGGCCAUAGUGAGCCGAGCAGAGUCUUACUUGACGGAGCCGAGGUGGCUUUGGUGGCUGUUUCCGGCACAUAUGAUAUGUCCUGAGGUGAUGGAGUGGUGCAACUGUUUUAUCUCAGCUUAUUUAAUUUAGCAAAAGUCUUCAAUAAUUGAGUCAGCAAUUGGAGAGAGAGACCAAGAAGCUUCCCUCCAUUUAGAAGUAGUUGGGGAUCGAAUUGGCAAGGAGUAUUGCAAAGUUAAUUUGCAAGAGCAAUUUCAACUUGAAAAUGAGUACAUUACGAAGAUCUCCAAAAAAACACCUUCGUCCAGGUGCUCUAUGCAAUCUUGUGCCCAAAAAGCGAAAAGCAUCAUUGAAGACUCAAGCUGAUUGUGACGAUAUGUUGCUUGGAAGCCCUAUUUUAAAGAAAAAGAGUGCUCUUCGUAGGUUUUCUGCACCUGUUAGAGUUGUAAUUGACUCACCACCUGCUCUUAGUACUAGAGCAGCAACUCGUCGUAUGGUCUAUAAUACAGAGCUAGAUCCAAAUGAUGAUGUGGAAGACAUGGAGAUAGUGUAGAUAAGGUAGUUGAUAGUGUUUGUGAAAAGGGAGUAAGGGAGGAACAUGAAGAGAUGGCUGAUGAGGAAAGGGUUGGUGUCAAAUUUGAAGAAGGGGCUGUUGCACAAUGUGAAGAAGUGGCUGAAGCAAAAUGUGAAGAAGUGGCUGAUGCAAAAUGUGAAGAACUGGCUGAGAUAGAACUUGAACAACCUCUUAGAAAAUCUGUUAGAUUACAAAAAAAAAAACUCACAAGGCAAAUCAAACUGAGAUUGAAGAAAUACCUCAAGAUGUAGAUGCGAAUGUAAUGAACUUAGCCAAGAAGACAAGGGGAAAAACUCUAUUGGAAAAUCUGACCAAGAGGAACAUUGACUUAAGGAUAAUAAAUUGGAAUGAAAAAGGGCAACCAGUUGGUACUAACUCAGUGCAAUUUUCUUCUUUUGUGGGCGCUCUUGUGCGAGAGGUUGUUCCUUACACUAUUUCAGAUUGGAGGAAAGUUUCACCAAUUAUGAGAGAUGUUCUUUGGGCAUCUAUUCAGGCACAAUAUGACUUACAUGAUAAUUGGCAAAAAAAGAUGUGCUUUGAAAUGAUGGCAGAACUAUGGAGAGCUGGGAAAUCUAGACUUGUAAAGGAUAUUAUCAAUGCAAAAAAUGAGAGUGAACGACUAGCCUUAAAGCCGGAUUGCAUAAAAAGUGAUGUAGAAUGGAGAGCAUUUGUUGCCAAAAAAAUUAGUAAAGAACAUUUGGAUAUAAGGGCCAAAUACCGAGAGAGAAGAAAGAAAGCUGUUCCACACACCUUAAGUCGAAGAGGAUAUGCUCGAACAAUCGAUGAUAUGAAGAAAGAAAAUGAGGAUGUUAAAAUAUCUAGAAUCGAUGCUUUUCGGAGAGCCCAUACCAAGAAGAAUGGUGAAGCUGUAAACCCAACGGCAUGUGAUAUUUUUGUGACUAUUAGUCAUUUAAUUUUUGUGAAUUUUUACUUAUUUUCCAUAAUGCAUACGUUAGUUAUACUAAUUUAUAUGCAGGGUUCAUUGAAUGAGAUUCUCCUUAAAGACCCAAAAUCUGGAACUACAGACAACGCUGAUGAGGAUGCCUUGACAAAAUUGUUUAGUAACCCAAAAUCUGGUCGUUUAAUCGGACAAGGAAGAGGUGUAACAAGGUCAAAGCUAACUGUUGUUAAUAUGUGUAAUAGCAAGAUUUCCAAGUUAGAAGAAGAGCAACAUAAUAUGAAGCUCAAAAUGACUGAAAUGAUGAAUUUACUUAAAGAACACUUGGUGGUAUUUCUAUCUUGCACUUAUAAACCUUAGUUUUCUUUUCUUCCAAUGAAACUUAUCUUGGUUUUAUAUUUAGGUUGGUGGUAAAGUGACACCAAGCGAAGGACAGUCUCGCAAUGUACCGCAGUCAAACAAUAUUCAGUCCCCUAAGAGUAUUGCACUAGAAAAAAGACAUAACUUUAUAGAAGGGAAGAAUGCUUGCUACUUGCUUGACUGGGUAGAUGUAAUUGUUGCUGAAGGUCGUUGGGAUUCUAGUUAUCCAAAGAUAACUGUACAUGGAAAGCCUCUUGGACCAGACUUUAUGCGAGUAUGGGUUGAUGUUGCUAUUGUACUAGAAUCUUACUUAUUUCAUCCUAAUCAUACGAUGCUUACAAUACAAGAAGCAGUUGGUUCCACAGUUGCAUGGCCUUCUAAAAAGUUAUUCCAAGAGAUGUGACAAGCGAAGUAGAAAAGGAUACUUAAGACUCCUUGAAAGUAGUAACUUUGUUUAUUUCUUUGUGUUGAAAGUAGUAACUUUUAGACUCCUUGAAUACUUAAAGAAUAUUUUGUUGUUGAUGACAGUGUUGAAUGUUUUAAACUAAAUUGUGGAUUGUUAAUUCAA